AUGAGUAAUCAAAAACAAUUUCAGAUCGAAGAGUUCCUUCCCAUCUACAGCCAAGCAAAGAAAGAUAAGGAUCAGGGUUGUUACGAAGACUUCUUGGAAUGUCUGAAGUUGUACGACAAGAACGAGAAUGGACUUAUGCUUGGCGCUGAGCUAACACACACCCUCUUGGCUUUGGGUGAAAAACUGAGUGACGCUGAAGUCGAUGAGGUAGUUAAGGAUUGCAUGGACACCGAAGAUGAUGACGGCAUGAUCCCCUACGCACGUAACAUUCCUGAAGAAGGUGAUGGCGUAGAAGACCACAAUCUCGUCAUAUCUUUAGUUGUAAGAUCCUUUCCUACGGAAAAUGUGCGACGGAUGGGGUGCAAAGAAAGAGGAGGAGGCGGCGCCCGCGGAGGGUUAAGCCCCGACGUCACGUCCUAGCCGGAUCCCGGACGCCGGUCGCCGGACGGCGCCCGCGCAUCAGCCCCGCCGCCCGCCGGUCGACGUCCACCCCACCCCGCCGCACAGCCCGUAUACGUCAUCUUAGAUACGGAGUCAAACCCUUUUUUUAUACGCAACAUCAAUAUUGUACAAUUUACUAUCGAUGACUGUACAUACUAAAGUAAGAUUAAAUUAAACUACUGUAAAACACACGUUGUACGUGUCUUUUAAAUUUAUUUAUUUAUUAAGUUCGUUUAUAAUGGCAAAAUACAUAAAAAAAACCGUAAAUUAUUUUAUAAUAAAUUGUUAAAAUGCUCGGUCUAGUCUCUAUUGAUUUGACAAGUUCUCACUUUAGUUUUUUCAUUACCCUAAAUAGUUAAAUUUGAAUGGAAAAAUAGGCAAAUAAAAUAUCUCAUUUCAUAUAAAAGAUAAAUACUGAAAACAAUUCAAAGUUGAUGAUGUUAAUAUGUUGAUUUAAGUAAUGACUUGAUUGUAAAUAAUUUAGUUUCAUGGUGAAAAUACUUUUGAAAGGGAGAAUCUUCGCCCUUUCUUGCAGAAUCAUACUAAAAAGUCCUGUAGUAUUCUGAGACUAGAAAAUAAAAUGAAUAUUUAUACUACACGUAUAGCUUGUUACAUAUAAAAGUGUGAGACGGGAACAUAUGAAAAUGAUAUCUGGUUAGGAGGUUAUGUAAUCAAAAACUUAUGCAAAAAUAUUGUAUCAUUUAGUAGUAAUUGUGUAUAGCACCUACUAAAAUCUGAGCCCAAUACCCAGGCUCAGAUAUACAUUAGUUGCUAUACACAACUGUUACCAAUUGAUACAAUAUUUUCCUCAAUAUAAAUUAAAUACUCUCCAUGUUCCAUGUGGCUCUUAAAACCUUUGGCUCUAACUGUAUAUGUUUGAAUUUGAACAAGGAUUUUAUAAAAAUAGGUUUCUUCAACUAUCACCAUCAGCCUUCUAAUGGAUUAAAAGGGCCAUUCUUCAUUUAAUUAUAAUAAUAAGAAAAAUCAUUGACAUAUUCAAAGCUGUCGAUAUACCCAGUGUGGUCAUUCGAAACUGUCUUUACCACGCGUUUCCAGUGCGAAGUCUAUGUUAAGAUGCAAUCGAGAUCGACAGCACGUGGUUUCCGAAGCAGGCAGGAGCUAAUUAGUUAUUAAUUUGACCUCUUUUUGGGUAAUACCCUAAAACUCUGCAAUUACAAAUUGACAGCGCUUUCAGUGGCAUUUAAGUAU